AUGCAACUAAAUCAAGUUGGCAGGGUUCUAUACAAAUACCCUGUGUUUGCGUGGCCAGCAUAUAUCUAUUCUACGUUCACGUUCAGGAUUCUUACCUCCCCUUAUUCAACCGAAUCUGCAGAUGGGCUAACAUUUAUUAUGGCACCCAACAGUAGUCCCUCACCAGCUGACAGCUUUGGUUCCUAUCUUGGAAUAAUGGAUCCAGCACAAGACGGUCGCGCUGCUGAUCAAUUAGCGGUGGAAUUUGACACUUACAAGAAUACAUUUGAUUUCGAUGGCAAUCAUGUAUCGAUUGACACAAAAAGUGUUAUACAUCCAAUUCAAGUUAGGAGCCUCAAUGAUACCGGAAUUGACCUGAAAAGUGGAAGAGAUAUCAAGGUUCUAAUAGUAUUGGAUGGGAGUACAAAGUCCAUUAGAGUUCACAUUGGAUAUGCAUCUGAUCCAAUAGGUGAGACUUUUCUUGAGGUGCCUAUUGACAUCCCAAAUACCCUGCCAAGCUUCAUCUUUGUGGGUUUCACAGCAUCAACAGGGCAUCUCACUGAGCGCCAUCAGAUUCUCAACUGGAAGUUAACAUCAUUUCCAAUCAAUUCAUAA